AUGUCGAUACUUAACUUUAACGUUGGUAUUCUUGGACACGUCGAUUCAGGAAAGACAAGUCUCGCUAAAGCUUUGAGUACUACAGCUAGCACAAAUGCUUUCGAUAAAAAUCCACAAAGUCAAGAACGUGGAAUCACACUCGAUCUCGGCUUUUCUUCAUUUUCAAUGGAUAUGCCUGAACAUCUGAGUGCUAGUACCUAUAAGCAAUUGCAGAUCACACUAGUCGAUUGUCCAGGGCACGCAUCGUUAAUACGCACAAUUAUCGGAGGUGCUCAGAUCAUUGAUUUAAUGUUUCUUGUAAUUGAUGUAACAAAAGGCAUUCAAACACAAACAGCAGAGUGUUUAAUUAUUGGUGAAAUAACAUGUGAUAAGAUGAUAGUUAUAUUAAAUAAAAUCGACCUCAUUGAAGAAUCUCAACGGCAAUCAACCAUAGACAAGAUGAUAAAACGGUUACGAAAAACAUUUGAGUCAACGAAAUUUCCACAAACGCCAAUUAUCCCUUGUUCUGCGUCGUCAACUCUGAAUUUGAACGAAGUUAUAUCAACUCUUCAGUCAUAUAUUUAUAUACCUCAACGAUCACCAGAUGGCCCAUUUGUAUUUUCAGUUGAUCAUUGUUUUUCGAUUCGUGGACAAGGAACUAUCAUGACAGGGACAGUUCUCUCUGGUUCAGUAAAAAUCAAUGAUUCUAUUGAAAUUACAACGUUAAAAGAAAUUCGUAAAGUCAAAUCGAUGCAGAUGUUUCGCAAACCAAUUGACAGAGCCAUACAAGGUGAUCGCAUUGGUAUAUGUGUUACUCAAUUCGAUCCUGAUCAACUCGAGCGAGGCCUGGUUGCUACGCCGGGCAUUAUCAAAAUCUUCCAUGGCUUACUUAUUCGGAUGAACAAAGUUAAACAUUUCAAACAUGAAAUCGAAAGUCGAACUAAAUUUCACAUUACUUGCGGACAUUCGACUGUAAUGGGCAAGAUUGUUCUAUUCGCAGAUCAUUCGAACGACAAAGACGAAAAAUUCAACUUCGGAAAAGAAUUCGAAGCUAUUGAUCAAUAUCCAGCCGACGGUUCACAAGAAAAUACGCAGAUAUUCGCUUUAAUACAGCUCGAAUCGUCGAUUGUUUGUCAGUCGCAAUCGAUUUUAAUCGGCUCGCGUUUAGAUACAGAUAUUCAUUCCAAUACUUGUCGAUUAGCCUUUCAUGGUCAUGUUCUUGACGGAUUUACCGACAGUGACUAUUUAAAUAAGGACUUACCGACUAAACUCCGUAUUUAUAAACGAAAGGAAAAGAUUGGAUACAUUGAUCGAUUAGUUGAUGACCAAACAAUCAUCGGAAAAGAUCUAUUUCAAAAAGAGACAAAUAUCAAUUCGUUUGUUAAUUUCAAAGUUGAACUUCAACCAACAGGCGAACAAGGUUUCAUUGAGUCACCAUUCGGUCAAAGUGGCAAAUUUAAAGUCCGAUUUAUGAAUGGUCUCACCGAUGAAACAAAACAAGCGUUGAGUAGUACAGGGAAAGGCCGUAAACAGCAAGCGAAAACAACAGCAACAAAUACUGAAGAGGGAGAAUCGAGCGAGUCCCAACAGCAACGAAUUCGAAUUGUUCUAAAAUUCAAAAAGUAUCUGUUUCAAGAAAAGACUAUCAUUGCACAAUAA